CUGCUGCUUGUUCCGUGGAGAGGAACAAGACUCAGACUCCUAGAUUCUGGCAAUCUUCUCUCAGAUGAUUUCUAUUUCUCAGCUCUUAAUGACGAUGAAGAAGUGUUUCCAUUAUCAGAUGAGAAAUAUACAUUUGAGUUACAGUUGCAAGAGGUUUUAAUGUCCUCAGCAAUCUCUUCCAGGGUGCCAACUGGCUCGACAGACUGGCAGAUGUUUCAGCAUUUCAACUCUAGGAAAAGUAGCCAUAAAGGAAAAGAGAAAGAAACCGGUGAGUCUUCGAAUUCUCAAACUCAAGGCCGUUUAUGUCUUAUUUGCAUGGAUGUAAAACCAACCGAGGAGAUAUUUACAAGCAACGGUUGCACCCAUUUGUUCGGCAAUUUUGUAGCCGUAAACAUACAAGAAAAUAUAUUAGUGAUUAAAUGCCCUGAGUUGAACUGUAAAGGUACUUUAGAACCGCAAUUUUGUUGCUCAAUUGUUCCAGGAGAAGUGUUUGAUCGAUGGGAAAAUGCCCUUUGCCAGUCAUUGAUUUCGGCCCAGAAAUUUUACUGCCCUUUCCAGGAUUGCUCUGCUAUGUUUGUGGAUGAUGGAGGGCAUCAUGUGGUUGAAUCAGAGUGUCCAAAUUGUCAGAGGUUGUUCUGUGCAAAAUGCAAGGUCGCAUGGCAUGCUGGAAUCUCAUGCAGUGAGUUUCAAAAUCUGACUGAGGACGAGAGGGCAAGUGAAGAUAUCAUGAUCAUGGAGCUUGAUAAGAAAAUUAAGUGGAGGAGAUGACCCAACUGUAAGAUUUAUGUAGAAAAGAUUAAGGGCUGCUUGCACAUUUCAUGCGGGUUGCAGUUUUUCUCCUGCUAUUUAAAACAGCAAUGUUGGGUCUUUGAAUUGAUCACAGUAUAACUCAAUGACCAAAUGUUUGGUUUUUACAUGCAUGAAUUUCUUUAAGGAUC